GUCAAAUUAGGUAGUUCGUGUCAUGUUGGGAAUUUGGGAACUAGGAAUUCCGUGUGAAAUGUGAAUAUUUGGAUUGGAUUUUAUCGAAUUCUAAUGGCAUAAUAAUACAUUGUGGACGUGAAUUAUUUUACAGGAGCGUGGAUAUGAUAAUGUAUAUUUAGAUCUGUUUCACAAGUAUAAAGAUAUUUCGGUUUUUAUAAGUUAAAAAGUAUAAAAUAAAAUGCAAUCAUCAUUGGAUGAUUUGGUCCAAUAUACACAGCUGUUUAAGCCUGUGGCUACUAUUUUACAAGGCACAGUGCUACCAUUUUUGGUUAUUUAUCCAAUAAUAUUCUACUGCUGGAUAUUUGUGUACGGGUUCGACGAUAACUUUGAAGCUGGGUUUGUGACUGUGGCAGUGCUAGCAACUAUACAAAUUCUUAUUUGUCUCUGUUGCUAUUGGAGUGUUCACAUACAAUGCUUCCUGUCUUGUACCCCGGUUAAAGAUCCUUUGCAAGCAGAAAUUGUCAAAGUAGUGCCAACAGCUAAUAAUGGAUUUUCAGAAAUAGUAAAGCUUCAUCAUACGAAGUCCAUAAAAAAAGAAAGUUUAACUCCAGAUGUGUGGUUUAUAUUUCAAAAAAGUAAGUAUGUAUAUGACUGGGAUAAGAAACAGUUCCAUACAGUUGACUUUCCUGAUAAUAAGACCUAUGAGGAGUAUAUGGAAUCCAAAGGAUAUGUGGAUGAUGAAUCCAUUGAUGUUGCUGAGAAAGAAUAUGGCAAAAAUGAAAUGAUAAUGGUUGUACCAGAAUUUAUGGAACUAUUUAAAGAAAGGGCUACAGCCCCAUUCUUCGUUUUCCAAGUAUUCUGUGUUGCGCUCUGGUGUUUGGACAAGUAUUGGUACUACUCCAUCUUCACACUAUUUAUGUUGAUUAUGUUUGAAUGCACUCUCGUCCAGCAACAGUUGAGAAAUAUGGCUGAGAUAAGAAAAAUGGGCAACAAACCUUAUAACAUUAAUGUUUAUAGAAACAGACGCUGGAGGCAGAUUAUAAGUGAUCAGUUGCUACCAGGUGAUAUAGUAUCUUUAACACGUUCCGUCAAUGACAACUUGGUUCCCUGUGAUGUUGUUCUGUUAAGAGGAUCUUGUAUAGUUGACGAGUCUAUGUUAACUGGUGAGAGUGUUCCGCAAAUGAAAGAAUCCAUAGAAAAUGCUAAAGAUUUGAAACAGAACUUAGAUCUCAAAGGAGAUGGGAAACUGCACACAUUGUUCGGAGGCACCAAAAUAGUGCAACAUUCAUCACCCAGUAAAAAUGCAGCUUCUGGCCUUAAAGCUCCAGACAAUGGUUGUAUAGGUUAUGUAGUUCGUAAUGGAUUUAAUACAUCGCAAGGAAAGCUUUUAAGAACAAUUUUGUUUGGUGUCAAGAGAGUGACAGCAAACAAUCUUGAGACAUUUGGUUUUAUCAUGUUCCUGUUAAUAUUCGCGAUUGCGGCUGCUGCAUACGUGUGGAUAAAAGGCUGUGAAGAUCCACAAAGGAACAGGUACAAACUGUUUUUGGAAUGUACUUUAAUAUUAACAUCAGUCGUACCCCCAGAACUGCCUAUUGAAUUAUCUUUGGCUGUUAAUACAUCAUUGUUAUCCUUAUCUAAGCUAGCUGUAUUUUGUACGGAACCAUUUAGGAUACCUUUUGCAGGCAAGGUCGAAAUUUGUUGUUUUGACAAAACUGGUACAUUGACAAGUGAUAAUUUAGUAGUAGAAGGCGUAGCGGGCAUAGGAGAACACAAAGAUGCUACAGUCAUACCACUGUCCAACGCCCCAAUGGAGACUGUACAAGUGUUGGCCUCUUGUCAAUCGUUAGUCCAACUUGACGAUGGAAUUGUAGGCGAUCCAUUAGAGAAAGCAACUUUGAAAGCGGCUGAAUGGAAUCUUACCAAAGGAGAUGCUGUUGUGCCAAAGAAAGGAAAGUCGCCUGGUUUAAAAAUUGUUCAUAGAAAUCAUUUUUCAAGUGCUCUUAAGAGAAUGUCUGUCGUUGCCGGAUAUCAGGUCAAUGAAAGAGGAUUCAUAGAAACACAUUACAUAAGUAGUGUAAAAGGAGCACCAGAAACUGUGAAAUCUAUGUUGAAAGAAGUUCCUAGCCACUAUGAUCAUGUACAUUUAACUUUGUCGAGAAGAGGUGCAAGAGUACUAGCUUUAGGAUAUAGAAAUUUAGGAAAAUUAUCAUCUCAGGAAAUCAGAGAUCUGUCUAGAGAAGAUGUCGAGUCGGAUUUGACUUUUGUUGGUUUCGUGAUAAUAUCGUGUCCAUUGAAGAGUGAUUCAAAGAAAGCGAUAUCUGAAAUCAUUCACGCCUCACAUUCCGUAGUGAUGAUUACUGGCGACAAUCCUCUAACUGCUUGUCAUGUUGCAAAAGAACUGAAGUUUACACAAAAAAGUGAUGUGCUGAUUUUAAGUGAAAACAAUGAUGGUUGGAAAUGGAAAUCUAUUAAUGAAAAGGUAGAACUUCCAGUGCAGCCUUUUAAAACGCCCAAAGAAUUCACUUCAAAAUACGAAUUGUGUAUAACUGGAGAAGGUCUUACAUUUUUAAAUCAAUACCACCACAAGUUUUUGUUGGGAAUCAUUCCAUACAUUAAAGUUUUCGCUAGAUUCGCCCCAAAACAAAAAGAGUUUGUUAUAGUUACACUGAAAUCCCUUGGCUAUGUGACGCUCAUGUGCGGUGAUGGUACAAACGACGUUGGUGCUCUUAAACAUGCAGAUGUUGGUGUAGCAAUCUUAGCAAAUGCACCGGAACGUCCAAAAGAGAAACGCGAAGAACGUCGUCCAGAGCCCGUACCGCCGCGUCGACUGCCGCCCGCGUUGAACGCGCGUGCGGAGGCGAGAGCUGAAGCCAUGCGAAAAGCCAUGCAGGAGCUAGAAGAGGAGGAUCAACCGCAGAUUGUGAGAUUGGGCGACGCUAGUGUUGCUGCUCCGUUUACCAGCCGACUAUCCAGCAUAAUGAGCAUCUGCCACAUAAUCAAGCAGGGUCGUUGCACACUUGUGACCACUCUGCAGAUGUUCAAGAUCUUGGCUCUCAACGCGUUGAUACUGGCGUACAGCCAGUCCGUCCUGUACCUGGACGGCAUCAAGUUCAGCGACACGCAAGCCACGCUCCAGAGCUUACUGCUGGCAUCGUGUUUCCUCUUCAUAUCGAGAUCCAAGCCAUUGACAAAGCUGUCAAAGCAGCGCCCUCUGCCGAACAUCUUCAACAUGUACACUAUAGUGACGGUGCUCGCACAAUUCGCUGUACACUUCCUUUGCCUCAUAUAUUUGGUGCGUGAAGCCACUCUACGGUCGCCGGAAAGGGAUACAAAGCCAAAACUGGACAUGGAUUUAGCAGAGGACGAAGACCGCGUGUUCACGCCAGAUCUGUUGAACAGUACUGUCUACAUCAUCUCUAUGGCGCUGCAGGUUUCAACGUUUGCUAUCAACUACAGGGGUGAGCCGUUCAUGGAGGGCCUGAAGGACAACAAGCCGCUGCUGUUCAGCGUGCUGCUGUCGGGCGGCACGGUGCUGGCGCUGGCCACGGGCGCCGUGCCCGACCUCACCAACGCCUUCGAAAUUGUUUACUUCCCGCCUGACUACCGGGUGAUUCUGGUGCAGGUGCUCAUAGCGGACAUGUUGUUCGCGUACCUCGUGGACCGCGCGUGCUUGUGGCUGUUCGGCGACGCGCGCGUCAGCACGAUCUCGUAGCGUCCGCGCGUGCGAUUCGCGCCGCAAGCGAUGAACCACCGCUACAGGCGAUACUGAUGAGUUGAUCGCACAUCAAUCCGCACGACCCGCACUUCCGUGCUUUUUUAUAUAUAUGGACUAAUUAAUAGCUCUUUCAUACAGGCUGUGUAAGCGUAAACGUAGCGCGUACCAUUGCGUUGUAAUGUAUAGAACUGUAUGAAACAUGGAGCACUGCUUGCGUAAAGCGUGGACGUAUGCGUAACCCGGUGUGUCACGUGUACGCAAUUGGUGUGAAUCGGCCUUAACACUUGACUCUUACCAAUUGGUAUAGUGCAUAAUUUUUUUUUCCACAUUUGCUCUAUGUGUCAACUGUCAUGGACAAAAGUAGAGCAAAUAUGGCGAUUGCAUUCACAAAAUGUAUGCUAUCAGUUGUUCUAUUUUAUGAAGUCUGCACUCUGCUCAGCCUUGGUUAGUAGUCCAAUAAGCAUUAACGUAUUUGUGUGCGUAAUAUAAACUGUGUCGCGGUUGAGACAGAUCGCCACGCACACUAAAACAAUAUACAUACCUACGUGUGCACUCACAAACAUAGCCAAACGGAUUUUGUGAAAAGGGAAAUCUGUAGUGAUGAUGCAGUCGGAGUAAAGUCAAACUACGCUGUAUAGGUCUUACAACCUAAAAUGGAAGCAGGUCGCUUCCAGGUCGGGAAGGGUGUGGUAGUUGUAUAUGAGAAGUAACCCUAGCGCGCUCUCCAACGUUUUCUGUGCAAAACCUACUUUGUCGUAUUAGUUAAAAAUUGCGAAAAACCAAAUUAAAUUUGAAUUUCGCGGGCAGACCCGUGUCAGAAACCUUAAGCGAUAUUGAACUUAAUGAAAUUUCGUAAACACGUUCUAGUAACCAAUGUCUGUAGUCUUCCAGAUUUCUAUGAAAAUGUGUAGGUCUAAAGUUACACAAAUCAAAGAUUUACAUACAAAUAUUUGAGUUGUGUGUAAAUGUGGAAUGUGUGAAAGCCUACAGUUUGGAAACGACUAAACAUUGAACAUGUCCUAAAAUUGGGAUGGCGUGCUAAAUUAGGAAUUGGUAUAGAUGUGGUGAAGGUAGUUAUUGUAAAAACAGACGUAUUUGUAUAGUGUUACAGUUCAAUUUACAAUGCUUAGUAUGCUAGAGAUAAUUGUGCUUUCGAUUUAUUUCUGUAAAUGUGAGUAGCU